UCUAACGUGCUUUCCCGUCUAUAAAAUGCUGCGAGGCGAACGAGGCAGACGCCUCGCCGACAUCGCCACCCCGUCUGCUCUCUCUCUCUCUCUCUCUCUCUCUCUCUCUUGCUCUCGUAAUUCCUCUGUCUCGAUCGGCUGCCGUGAGAAAGACCGAGAGAGAGAGAGAGAGUGAAGAGGAAGAAGAAGUAAGCCGAGAUUAGUGUUGGGUAGUUACCUUUUCUCGUGCAGAGAAUCGGAAAGGAACAUGUCGGCGGCGGCGGCUGCUUGGGUGGAACCGAGCCUGGACAUGGACAAACUGAGCUACGAGAUCUUCUCGAUACUGGAGAGCAAGUUCCUUUUCGGCUACGACGACCCCAAGCUCCUUCUCCCCUCCAUGCCCGCUACACCCGCCGCGCCCCGCGUUCGCUCCGCAACCUCCGGCGCGGUACGUGUCCUCUCCAUCGAUGCCGCUGGCGUGGACUUCGCCGGCGCCGCUCUUGCCCGACUCGAGGCAUCCCUCCGCAAGCAGGUCGGCGACCCCGACGCUUGCGUGGCCGACUUCUUCGACCUCGCAGCCGGGUCAGGCGCCGGGGGAGUCCUCGCCGCCCUCCUCUUCACACGGGGCCACGACGGCCGGCCCCUGUUCUCUGUCGCUGAAGCUCUCCGCCUGCUCGCCAAGCACGGCCGCCGCCUCGCCUCUUCAGCCGCCCAGCGGAAGGGAAUCCUGGCGGGUCUCCUCUGCCGUUCGGGGGGGCUGCUCCGACGGGUGUUCGGGGACGCGACCAUGCGAGACGCCCUGAAGCCGGUUCUCAUCCCGUGCUACGACCUGGCGACGGGGGCGCCCUUCGUGUUCUCGCGGGCGGACGCCGUGGAGGCAGACGGCUACGACUUUCGGAUGGAGGAGGUGUGCGCCGCCACAUGCGCGGACCCGGCGGCGGGGGCGGCAGCGGUGGAGAUGCGCUCCGUGGACGGCCGUACGCGGAUCCGGGCGGUCGGGGGCGGGUUGGCGAUGUGGAACCCCACGGCGGCAGCCAUCACCCACGUGCUCAACAAUCGUCGCGAGUUUCCCACCGCCGCGGGGGUGAAGGACCUCCUCGUCGUCUCGCUCGGGGGCGCGGAGGCCCCGGCGUCACUCGGGAAGGCUCCAUCGCUGCUUUCCGUGGCGGAUAUUGCGAUGAUCACCGGCAGAGCCCAGGCCGACGUGGUGGAUCAAGCGGUGGGGAUGGCGUUUGGGGAGCGCCGGGCGAGCAACUACGUUAGGAUCCAGGGAUGCGGGGCGACGGAGAGGGGGGUGGAGUCGGUGCUGUUUCAGGGGAGGAAGCUGUCGGAAAAGACCAACGGGGAGAAGCUGGACCUGGUAGCGGCGGAGCUGAUCAAGGAGCACGAGCGGCGGAAGCGGAGCGCCGUCCCCACCGUCGUGUUGAAGCCCUCGACGACGCCCGGCCGGUCCUCCUCCUCCUGCUGACCACCUACCUCGAUGUACAUGUACUGUUAGACUGGUCUCAUCAUCCAUUGCCCCUUUUUGCGUGGGUUGUUUCGGGGUGAAAGCUUGUGCAGUAACCCUCGAGUAUGUUUUUUGUUGCCUCUCUCAAGUGCAACAUCUCUCCCUGCUUCAAGAAAACCUCAGGGAAGGGAUCUAUCUAUGUUCCUUGCCUAUCUAUGUUGUCGUCUUCCUUA